GUGCAAUUUGGCCACAGUCGUCAGAACGAUCCCCAACCGCAAGAAUGCUGUCCUCGAAGGUGCUCAGGGUUUUGCCCGCGCAGGCCAGACAAUGCUUCCGGUCGAUGUCUGGAAUCAGUUUCGAUCUGACGGAUGAACAGCGAGAGAUGCAAACCCUGGCGCGAAAAUUCGCUCGGGAGGAAAUUCUGCCGAAAGCGGCUGACUACGACAAAACUGGAGAGUUCCCAUGGGACAUCGUGAAGAAAGCUCAUGAAGUCGGUCUCAUGAAUCUCGGCAUUCCGCAGAGUAUCGGCGGAUUGGGCCUCGGAGUCUUCGAAGAUUGCAUGGUGGUCGAAGAACUUUGUUACGGCUGCUCCGGUGUAGCAUUAGCAAUAACUUCCACUGAGCUCGCGCAAACUCCCGUCAUCCUGUCCGGCAACCCCCAGCAGCAGAAGAAAUACUUGGGACGAUGCCUCGAGGAGCCCAUCGUAGCUGCUUACUGCGUCACUGAGCCCGGAGCCGGAUCCGAUGUGUCUGGGAUCAAGACUAAGGCAGAGAAGAAAGGAGACAAAUGGGUUGUCAACGGACAAAAGAUGUGGAUCACGAACGGCGGUGUCGCGAGCUGGUACUUCUUGUUGGCCAGAACGAACCCUGACCCCAAGUGUCCGGCAUCGAAGGCCUUCACAGCCUUCAUCGUCGAUAGGGACUCCAAGGGUUUGACUCCGGGUCGCAAAGAGAUCAAUAUGGGACAACGGGCGUCAGACACUCGGGGCAUCACGUUCGAGGAUGUUGAAGUGCCGGAGGAGAAUGUACUUCUUAAAGAAGGAGACGGUUUCAAAGUUGCCAUGAUGACAUUUGACAAAACGAGGACACCUGUCGCUGCCGCGGCCACCGGCCUCGCACAGAGAGCGCUUGACGAAGCUAAGAAUUACGCCCUUGAGAGGAAGACUUUCGGGAAACCGAUCGCCGCGCACCAAGCCGUCCAGUUCCUCUUGGCCGACAUGGCGAUUGGCGUCGAGGCCGCACGUCUCACCUGGCAGCGGGCGGCAUGGGAGAUCGAUCAGGGCCGAAGGAACACCUACUACGCCUCGAUUUCGAAGGCUCUGGCCUCCGAUGUUGCCAACAAGUGUGCCACGGACGCGGUUCAGAUUUUCGGUGGAAACGGAUUCAAUACUGACUAUCCCGUCGAGAAACUGAUGAGAGACGCUAAGAUCUACCAGAUUUACGAAGGAACUUCUCAGAUCCAGCGCAUGAUCAUCGCCAGAGAGAUGAUGGGGGGAAAGUAGUCAGGCAGAUUCCUCUCAGUCAGAAAAUGUCCCGAACGGCGAACAUCAUGUUACGAGAACCCUCGUACGGAAUCAUACCAAUAUCUUCCGGUGAAUGACCGUAGACAUUAUUAUUCUUAUUGACCUUGCAAUAAAGAUAUGAUAUGUUUUU